GAAGAAAAUGAAUGUUUUUCAUCCUUUUGCUUCUCGUCACUGUCAAGAUUCCUUUACUACUACGACGUACUACGUACGUCACUGUAACCAUUUGUAGCGCAGGCUCCAACCAAUAAUUACUCGUCAGAGCCAAAAACAACGCAUGAGACGUUUGCGCCAAACAAAGCCAUCGUCGCACGCGACGCGACGCUGCAGAUUUUCCAAAGUUGAAGUCGCAGUGUGAAGUUACUGAAUAUUGACGGCAUAAAUUGUGCCGCAGCCAUGCUGAACCCGGAGGAUGUCCAGAAGUUCAAACUGUUCAUCGCGGCGUGCGACGCCAACCCGGCGCUGCUGCACCUGCCCGAGCUGGAGUUUUUCCGCGCCUUCCUGCUGAAGCACGGUGCCAAGCUCCCCGAGAAGCCGGCGACUCCGAGCGGAGCCGGCGCCGGUACGGGCGAUGGAGCCGAGGACACGGCGGCGCCAGAGCCGGAGACCGAACAGGAGCCGGAGCCGGAGCCGGAGGAGGAGCAGGAGUCGGAGGAGAGCGAUCUUGAACUGGACAAUACUGGAGUGAUUGAGCCGGAGCCGGACGAACCUCAGCCGAUGGGCGACACCAGCAAAGAGGUCACCGAGGCGGACAUGGACGCCGCCAACGAGAAACGCUCCGAGGCGGCGGCAGCCUUCGCCGAGGGGGAGCACCAGAAGGCGGUCGACCUGUACACAGAGGCCAUCGAGCUUAAUCCCGGAUCCGCACUGUUUCACGCCAAGCGUGCUGCCUGCUACCUGAAAAUAAAGAAGCCUCUGGCGGCGAUGCGAGACUGCGACAAAGCCAUCAGCAUCAACCCCGAUUCGGCGGCCGCCUACAAGUUCAGAGGACGUGCCAACCGCCUGCUGGGCCGCUGGGAGGAGGCUGCCAAGGACCUGCGCACCGCCUGCAAGCUGGACUUUGACGAGCAGGCCGACGAAUGGCUGCGGGAAGUGACGCCCAACGCCCAGAAGAUCGCCGAGCACAACCGCAAGCAGGAGCGGCGCCGCGAGGAGCGCGAGCUGAAACAGAAGCAGGAGCGCAUCCGGCGCGCCCGCGAGGAACAGCAGAAGGCCCGCGCGCGCGCCGCCGCCGCUGCCGACGCCGCGGCCGCCGCCGGAGCGGGUCCCGGACGGGCCGGCGGCAUGCCCGGAGGGAUGCCCGGAGGGAUGCCCGGAGGAAUGCCGGCCGGCAUGUCUGAUCUGUUCAGCGACCCGGAGAUCGUGGCCGCCAUGCAGGACCCCGAGGUGAUGACGGCGUUCGCCGACGUCUCCCAGAACCCAGCCAACAUCAUGAAGUACCAGGGCAACCCCAAGGUGAUGGCGCUCAUCACCAAGAUGACACAGAAACUGGGCGGUGGCGGCGGUGGUAUGCCUGGCUUCCCGGGCGGUAUGGGCGGUAUGGGUGGUAUGGGUGGCCCCGGCGGACCCCCGGGCGGUGCCGGCGGACCCCCGCCCCCGCGACCCCCGCCCGAAAUGGAUGUCGACUAAACGGCCACUACUCACCGCUCUGCCCCUGUGAGGGCAGAGCCUGCCUCCCCCACCCCCACUGCCGCCUCCCGCCGCCCCCGUCGCCAGCUCUGCUCAACGUGGGCGGCUGUGGCGGCGGGACAUGGCGGCCGCCCCCGCCCCCGCCCGGAGAAUCGGGUGCCGGCGGCGGCGGCCCGACCCCUCACCGCAUCGGUAGCUCACGUCGUGUGGCGGCUUAUGGCAGCGUUCACAGGGUCCGUGAACAGCGCUGGAAGACGUUUAUUCGUCUCUGGGCAGAUCUGGGGGUGGUCUGUGACUGUCAUGGGUAGCCUCCGGGCAGUCCGUGGCCGUCGUGUGUUCAGAGCUGGCCGUGCUUGGUAAUGUGACUGUCGCGGGCCGUCGGGGGACCGGCCGGUCACUGUGCCAGUACAACGGAGGGUGUCUGGUGACCGCCGGGGCGGCACCGCCCCCGCCCCCGCCCCCGCCAUCGGUUCGACAAACAGUAUGUGUUGCGUUCUGCUUCAGUUUGGUUCAUGUGUAAUAUGAUAACCUGGGUGAGCAAAUAACAAAGACCAUCCGGCA